AUGGAGAAGCUCUUACAAUGGUCAAUUGCCCAACAAUCUGGGGACGCAGAAGCUAUUAAGAAAAUCGGGAAACCAGAUGAACAAACCCUUGGUCAAUUGUUUGGUGCUCCUGAUGAAGCUGCUCUUAUGAAGGAAGCUGUGACUGUGGCAGUACUGAAAGAGUCCACUGUUGAAGCCAAAGAAAUUGCUUUAGAUAAUUUUGAAAUGAUGAUUGAGAACUUGGAUAAUGCCAACAAUAUUGAAAACUUGAAGUUGUGGACUCCUUUACUUACUUUAUUAAAGUCAGGAGUUGAUGAUCUGUUGAGACUACUUGUUUGUGGAAUAAUUGGUAUCGCAGUUCAGAAUAACCCCAAGACUCAGCAAGACUUUCAUCUCCAUCCAGAAGGAAUAGCGGAGUUGAUCUCAAUUGCCCAAACUUCAGAAAAUAAAACACUUGUAGUGAAAUCGCUAUUUGCUAUCUCCAAUUAUAUCCGUAACUUCAAGCCUGGAUAUGAGGAAUUCGACAAAUUGAACGGAUGGUCUGCUUUGAAAUUAUGUCAAGGCCAAGAUAAAGCAAACCUUAGAGUUCUUGCCACCAUUUCUGCUAUUCUUUCCAUAGAUAGAGAUGCUAGCGGGAAGGAUUUGAAAAUAAUUGAUCACAUCAAGGAACACCACUUGGUGAAUGAAAUGAUAGCUUUACUCACACCUAAUGGGAAUGUCAAUACAGUUGAUAUGGCAUUAAACAUAAUUGCUCAAUUGGCUGCAAUUAAGGAUUUCUCCUUUUCAAAGGAAGAGUUGUCUAGUAUCUCCAAUGGUUUAAAAAGCAUCGAACCCAUCAAAGAAAGAUUGAACAAUGAUGACUUUAAUUCUGUUGAACAGGUGAAAUAG